UCCACAAUGUCUAUUCUGUUGUUUAUUCUGAUGGCAGUGAUGUGUUCUGCCAAUACUUUAAGGGAGCCCAACAAAAUAAGGACUGCUGGUCGUAUAUUUGGCGGAGAACCAGCAAAACUAGGGUCUGCCCCGUACCAAGUCUCAUUACAGACCCUAUCGUUCGAACAUAUUUGUGGAGGAUGUAUAAUUAGUGAUUUAUACAUUUUAACUGCUGCACAUUGCAUAAAAAGCUACGUUAACAAUCACAGAGAAUCAAAGCUGCAAGUCGUUACAGGAACCAAUCGUUACGAGCAACCUGGUGGUGUUUAUAAAGUAUCUAAGUUAAUUCCACAUUAUAACUACAACAAUCCGGAGUUGCAUAACGAUAUCGCGUUAAUUCGAUUGGAUUCAAAAAUAGCUUUUGAUAAAGUUACUCAAGCAAUUUCUCUUCCCAAGGUACCUUUGAAAGAUGGCGAUGAGGUUGUACUCACAGGUUGGGGUAAUACGGAUCUUGUCAGUGAUAUACCUGAUGACUUACAAAAAAUAACACUGAAGUUUGUUCCACACAAAGAAUGUCUCCAAAAAAUGGACAACGAUCCGGGACUUGGUUUAGGACAUAUAUGCACUUAUACAAAAAGAGGAGAGGGAGCUUGCUAUGGUGAUUCUGGUAGUCCAUUGAUAAAGGACGGUGCUGUAUACGGUGUGGUAAAUUGGGGAUUUCCAUGUGCAACUGGUAAGCCAGAUGCCCAAGCUAAUGUGUUCUUUUACAAUUCUUGGAUUAGGAAUCAAACAAACAGUUCAUAGACACAAUUAUUUAAAAAUAUUAAUUAUAAUUAUAUCUAAAAAUUAAACUUCUAAGACAAAUAAAUUAAAUUAUUUACAUAUA